AUGAUGAUGGUUGUGGUUGUGGUUGUGGUUGUGGUUGUUGUGGCGGUGGUUAUGGUUGACAGGAGUGAAGGAGAGAGAAAGCACGAGCGAGCAAGGACGACGGGUUUGGACCACGGGUGGACGAUGUAUCUUGACAUGGACGAUGCGCCAACGUCAGUCAUGUGCUGGCACGGCUGGGCAGCAGUUGGCUGCGAGGCUGCCUUGGAGGUCGAUAAAGCCGAGGGUGCCGAACUACCACUGGCUGUGCUUGUGCGGGUGGUGGCGGCUUGA